AUGGCGCCCUCGAUCCCAGCCCACGCCUUCGCACUCGAAGAGAAACCCGCCUACGAAGUCUCCAUCCACGCUCACAACGACGACGGCCUCAAUUCCACCGACGACGAACUCCUGGUCCGCCUAGGCAAAAAGCCCGUCCUCCGCCGCCGCUUCGGCUUCCUCGCUAUGAUCGGCUUCACCUGCACCAUGCUCGUCACCUGGGAAGGCUCUCUCAUCCUCUUCACCACGGGUCUCACAAACGGCGGCUCCGCAGGCCUCGUCUACGGCUACCUCUUCGUCUGGCUCGGCGUCCUCUGCGUCUUCACCACCAUGGCGGAAAUGGCGUCGAUUGCGCCCACCGCGGGGGGCAGUAUCAUUGGGUCGCCAUGCUCGCCCCGGCACCUUUUGUGGCAUGGGACGUUGUUGUUCUGGGCCACGGUUGCGUAUGCGGUGUUUAUCAAUACGGUCGUGGGCUGGGCGCUGCCGAAGAUUGAGCUGGCGAUGUUGGUGCUACAUGUCGUGGGGUUCUUGGCUGUGCUGAUUCCCCUGGUCGCUUGCGCACCAGCUACAGCGCCGACACAUGAUGUGUUCACAGACUUCCUUAACGGAGGCAAUUGGCCGACUCAGGGAUUAUCGUUCUUCGUGGGUCUGGUGGGAAGCGUAUUCGCAAUGUUUGGAUGCGAUGCCACCGUACACAUGGCAGAAGAAGUCAACAACGCCGCCCUCGUCGUCCCCCGCGCCAUGCUAGCCACAACCCUCUUCAACGGCGCCCUCGGCUUCGCAAUGAUAAUCGCCGUCCUCUUCGUAACCCGCGACGUGGACGCCGCCCUGCAAAGCCCCACCGGCAUCCUCGGCUACCCCUUCAUGGACAUUUUCUCCACCGCAACCCGCAGCCGCGCUGGCGCCUCCACCAUGAUCGCCCUCGUCAUUAUCAUGUCCGGCGCAGGCACCAUCGCCGCCAUGGCCACGGGCUCACGACUCAUCUGGGCGUUUGCCCGCGACAGGGGAUUACCGGGGUCGGGCACGGUGUCGAAAUUGAGUGCCCAGAGGAUUCCGAUGUUAGCGGUGGUUAUCACGUCGAUUGUUACGUGCUUGAUUGGACUUAUCAAUUUGGGGUCGGCGAAGGCGUUUAAUGCCGUUAUCUCGCUCAGUGUGAGCAGUCUCUUCGCUUCUUACAUCAUCGUUGAGACGUUGAUGCUCUAUCGUCGCUGCACGGGCGGUAUCAAGGCCACACGAGAUGCCGUGGAGGGACAUCAGUUGGUGUGGGGCCCGUUUCACCUGCCGGAUGGAAUUGGGAUUGUUGUCAACGCCUUCGCGGUCAUGUUUGGUCUCAUUAUUUUCUUUUUUAGCUUCUGGCCUGUUGCGACGCCUGUUGAUGCUGCGACGAUGAAUUGGAGUGUUUUGAUGACCGGUAGUGUGGGGAUUUUUGCGGUGCUUUAUUAUUUGGGCAGGGCGAGGAAGACGUUUACUGGGCCGAUUGUGGAGACGGGAGCUGUAGAUGCUUUUCGAGUCGCUGAAUGA